AUGGCCACGGUGACGGCUCUCCGGAAGCUCUCCUCCGCCGCCGGCGCCGCCGGCGUGAGGUCCCUCGCGCGGCCCGGGCUCUUCAAUGGUGGCUCCCUAUAUUACAUGGUGAGCGCCGGGGAUUCCUUUCUUCUUCAACUUCCUCUUUUUCUUACUCCUCUCUACCACCCGAGCUCCGUACCCUGCUUCUUCCUCGUUCCCGAUUCUCCACGAUGGGAGGGAGGAUCGGGACGACGAUCGACAAGUGCUGAAUCUGCGAUGACACUUGGUAUCCCCGCCUCGCCUGACCCUCUCUGUCUUUUUUCAUCCGCAGUCGUCGUUGCCACACGAGGCGGUGCAGGAGAAGCCGAGACCUCACGUGACGGUGAGUUACGCUCGUUGUCUUCAUGUUCCUUCUCUCUUCAUGCACUUCAGCGCCCGCUCACGCGAGUGGAGUCGUGAAUUCCGAAUGACUUCCGCUGCUGGUCGUCUUGGAUUGAUCUGGAGGCGUUUUAUGAUAAUGUAGUGGCCGAAGCAGCUUAAUGCCUCGCUGGAGGAAGUGGAUCCGGAGAUGGCGGAUAUCAUCGAAUUGGAGAAGGCCAGGCAAUGGAAGGUGCCCCUCACCAGAUGCAUUCCUGCAUUUGUUCUUGUUCUCUGCUGCCCAUUUUCUUCGAGCUAGUUAGUCGAAUUCUGUGAUGUCGAGCGUAAAUGACCUUCGUCCCAUAUUACUCUGGAUUUGUUUCUUCUUACCCGAGAACCUUUUGAAAACUCUUCUCUCUUCCUCGAUUGAGUAAUCGCAACGUCUCUGGUUUCUUGAUCCACUCUGUUUUUCUGCUCUGUCAUGCGAGAGUUAAAGGUGGCGUAGCGUGAAUGGAAGUUACUUACUCUUAUAUCCUUCGUUUCUUUCAAUGAAGGGACUAGAACUCAUUCCUUCAGAGAAUUUCACGUCGUUGUCAGUGAUGCAAGCGGUAGGAUCCGUCAUGACCAACAAGUACAGUGAAGGCUACCCAGGUGCAAGAUACUAUGGUGGAAAUGAGUACGCAACGCACCUCUUUACCGGCUUGGAAUAUUUGAGUUGCAUUCCAAAAUGAGCAUACUUUGAUUAUUUAAUGAGUGGCUUAGUCACUUUGUGGAAUUUCAGUUCCUUUUACUGAUUACCAGCUUUGGCUUCUUCUCAGGUAUAUCGACAUGGCGGAAACGUUAUGCCAGAAGCGUGCUUUGGAAGUUUUCAGACUGGAUCCUGCAAAAUGGGGAGGUACAAUGAGCAAAUCGUUCACUUUCAUUCUACUAAGCUUGGAGUUCCCCAAUGAAGUGCUCACUACAGUGUGCUUUCAUUUUCAGUGAAUGUUCAGCCAUUAUCAGGAUCGCCUUCUAAUUUCCAUGUGUACACCGCCCUCUUGAAGCCUCAUGAGAGAAUCAUGGCCCUCGAUCUUCCUCACGGUGGACAUCUUUCUCAUGGGUAUCAGGUGCAAAAGGAUCCCUAUGCAGAGUUUUGUAGAAGUUCUUUUUACUAAGGUUCUCCAAUGGUUGCAACUGGUGGACCACAGUAGCUUGUAUAUAUUGAUUGAUGUCAAGUAAAAGAAUAUAAAAUAAAAAUUCGGAAGGAACAUUCAUGGUUUAAUACGCCCAAGGUGGAUUCCUAAAGUUAUGGCAGUGACCUUCCUCUCCCAACCUACUGGUUCUAUCUUAUUUUUCAGCAGGGUUGUGAUAUGUUGGAAAACAUCAUUCCUAUUUCAUCUUUUAUUUGCGGCUGGGUCAGAGUUUAUCUGGUUAUGCUUAUUGGUCGCUGUAAUGCUGAAUUUGUGGGUGUCUUCUAAAUCCGUCUUUUCUUGUUAAUUGUCAUAUAGGAACUGGACAUAAAGCUUUACUAAUUGUAAUGAAUAAAACGCUCAAUGCCAAUAUCUAACGAAACUGCUCUCUAAAGUUUCUGUUAUCGUGUGUGAAAAAUUCUCCACGAAGAUCCAGUACACUUGCCUCCUCUGUUCUCAAGUGACACAUUUUCACUGGACAGCAGUUUGCCUGCUCCCAAAAGUAGGAAACUGUAGAAUUCCAAAGUGCUACCAUGUUGGAUGUGUUUGACGCAUUUUGUAUUAAGAAGCAGUUCUUGUGUCUACGAUGCUGCAUGAUAAAGUUUUUGUAUGGUCAAACUGUAAUCGGACUGUUACAUUUUUGUACGUAGUGUUUGGCCCAAAGAGUUGUACCAAAUGACGCAGAAGUAUCAAUUAUUUGCUUCUUUUCUUUAGAAUAUCUAUUAAAAAUGUGCUUUGUGCAUCCUUUUUCUCUUGAAAUAUCUUGUCAGCUCAUUUGUGCCCUCUGUCUGGGAUCUCUGAGUUACUUUUAAAGUUAUGAUUCCACAGAUUCCCGUUUGGAUUGUCAUUUUUCUUUUUUUCUAUUCUCGUUUCAGACGGAUACCAAGAAGAUCUCUGCUGUAUCCAUAUUUUUCGAGACAAUGCCGUACAGGCUGAAUGAGAGCACUGGAUACAUUGAUUAUGACCAGGUAACCUAAUGUUUUCGCAUUGUAUUCGUUCUGAUAAAUUACAGAAUUCCGCAUUGAUCAAAUAGGGUUAGACCAGAUGGCUUGUGUGUUAGAAGAGUCUCGUAGGUCAAUAUAUUAGUUUGAAUCUUAUGAUUAUCAGCUUAUUAUGCGUCAACUCUGGGCUAGUUAUCUAGGUUCCUGCAUUGUUUCCAUGUCCAUUUUGAUAUCCAAAUUUUAUAAAGAUUUUCUUGUCUGGAAGAAGCCUAUAGCCUUUUAUUCAAAUAUAUUACGCUUUUUCCUACUACAGCUGGAGAAGAGUGCAACCCUUUUUCGGCCAAAAUUAAUAGUUGCCGGAGCCAGUGCAUAUGCUCGUCUGUAUGACUAUGCCCGUAUCAGAAAGGUAAUCUCACUCCCCCUCUCUCUCUCACUCCCCCUCCCCCUCCCCCCCUUCAGGUUUGUUUACCUGUCUGUGCUAACUUGUCUCUGAUAUUAUUUACUGACGAAGCUGUUCAUUUUUUUUUUCAUCAUUCUGACAGGUCUGUGACAAACAGAAAGCUAUUCUUUUGGCUGAUAUGGCACACAUCAGUGGCUUGGUGGCGGCUGGUGUUAUUCCCUCUCCUUUUGAAUAUGCUGAUGUAGUAACGACUACGACUCACAAGUCUCUUCGUGGCCCACGUGGAGCCAUGAUAUUUUUCAGGAAGGGUUUAAAAGAAGUCAACAAAAAAGGGGAAGAGGUGGGUUGGAAAAGACCGUGGCCGUUCACUUAGCUUAUUUCUUCAGUUUUGUAUCUAUUUAUUUUCUGUGUCUCGCCUGUCUUUUUUUUUCACAUUGUGCUCUGGAUAUUAUGACCAUGCACUUUGCAUGCUAUCAUUGAUGAAGUUGUAUGUGUCAUCUUUCGUCCAAAGGUUAUGUACGACUACGAGGAUAAGAUCAACCAAGCUGUCUUCCCUGGCCUUCAAGGGGGGCCGCACAACCAUACCAUUUCUGGUUUAGCUGUUGCGCUCAAACAGGUAUGGAUGAUGUCCAAAUUAGUGAUUGGAAGUGGGCAAUCUCGUGGACAUACCAAUCACUUCAUAGUCUGAUUUUGUUUAAGACUGUUGUCGUCAAUCCUGUUAUUCGCCUGCUAACGUCCGAACUUCCAUUUUUGGUUGAUUGCAGGCUAUGACCGCCGAGUAUAAAGCGUACCAAGAACAAGUUCUUAGCAAUUGUUCAAAGUUUGCUCAGGUAAAAGCGGAACAACUCUUUUCUAUCUUCGCUAAGGAAUUUAGUGCGCUUCUUAGACAUUAAAGUGAGGCACAUUCGCUCUAUGACUAUUCUAUUGACCUCUUUAAGUAAAUGAUGGUGCAGACUCUAAUGGCGAAAGGCUACGAACUUGUCUCUGGUGGGACAGACAAUCAUUUGGUCCUAGUGAACCUGAAGAGCAAGGUGAGUGAUACCGGAAACGUUGUUCACUGCUCUCCCGUACGAAAUCGUUUGAUAAAUUCCGCAUCAAAAUCCAAUGUGGGCACUGUUUUCUUCUGGUGGGAUGUAGGCCAAUUCAUGGUGCCAUGUUUAUCAUAUUCACGUUAAAAAAGAAAAGAAAAGAAAAGAAAAGAAAAGAAAAGAAAAGAAAAGAAAAGAAAAGAAAAGAAAAGAGGCUAAUCAAUUUUAUUUUAUUUUAUUGACUUUUUGGGCUUCAAUGUGCAGGGGAUCGACGGAUCUAGGGUAGAAAAAGUUCUGGAAAUGGUCCACAUCGCAGCCAACAAGAACACGGUCCCUGGUGACGUCUCCGCCAUGGUCCCUGGCGGCAUUCGGAUGGGUAUGCGCCGACCUCCUCAGGCGGGAAUUCUUCUUCUCUGAGCUGUGCUUCGAUGUACUUGGCUUUUCACGGCCUGCCUGUGUUCACUCAGGAACGCCGGCCCUCACAUCCAGGGGAUUUGAUGAGGAAGAUUUUGCGAAGGUGGCCGAGUUUUUCGACGCUGCCGUCAACUUGGCGCUGAAGAUAAAGGGUGAAACGAAAGGUGCGCUCAUUCGGUCCCCUCCUCGGGUGUGGCCGAGGAAUGAAUGCUCUCGACGAUUUCCCCUUCUUUCUUUCUGGCUGACUCGUCUCUACUCGACUCGACUCGACUCUUUGGCGCGCUCUGCAGGGACCAAGCUGAAGGAUUUCCUGGCCACGAUCGAGGCCUCCGCCCCGAUCCAAUCCGACAUCAAGAAGCUCCGCCACGAUGUCGAGGAGUACGCCAAGCAGUUCCCGACGAUCGGGUUCGAGAAGGAGUCGAUGAAAUACAAGGUCUGA